CCCUACUCGAUUGAGCCGCGAACUGCGAUUGCUCGCGGCACUAGCAGACGCGCGGCAAACGGCGUCGAGCGAGUUACUUUUAUUCGUCCGGUCACUCAGUGGGACACUGUGCUCUCCCGCGACGCGGCAGUCCAACCGCGAUCGUGAAUCUUUUACGAGGCGCGUCGUCGUCAUCAUCGUAGCGGUAGAAGCGCGUUACUUCUCACACUUCAGUGCUAAAUUGUGUGCCCGCUCGGCUACGUGUGUUUUGUGCAGCGCGGACGACCUUGCCCUCAGCCAGCUGCCGGAGCGAGGAGCAUCCCAGGAACACAUCGUAAACACGCAAUUGGGAAAUCAUCGCACCGCGAAAAUGGGCUGUGUCUCGCAGUGUGCCAAGUAUUUCCUCUGCUUGUUCAACUUCAUUUUCUUCAUUGCCGGAGGUGCGGCGUUGACUGUCGGUAUCUGGUUGUUCGCCGAUAGGAGUUCCUUCACCAACCUGAUCGGCAAGCUCGAUCAGUACGACAUCUUGAAUAAAACGGAUGCCGAUGUCAUCAAAGUGAUCGCCUACAUUCUUAUCAUAGCCGGUGCCCUCACAUUCAUCGUCAGUUUUCUUGGAUAUUGCGGUGCCAUGUUCGAGUCUAGGUGUCUUCUUUGUGUCUACGUCAUUCUAAUCGCGCUGGUUUUGCUCCUGGAGUGUGUGGUAAUUGGACUCGCUUGUGGAUUUAGAGAUGUUGAGAAAGGUACGCAAGACUUCUUGAAGUCGACCAUCAAGUAUUACGCGACUACUGCCGAUAGAGCUGAAACCGUGACAGUCGCAUGGGACGGAAUCAUGAGUCAGUUCCAUUGUUGCGGCGUGGAGAGCUAUCGAGACUUCAGCGAGAAUACGAAUUUCACCGCGACUGGAAAGAUGGUUCCCGACGCCUGUUGCAUAAAAGAGAAUGACGUUUUGAAGGAUCCUUCCUGUCCAAUCAGUCCCACUGCCUCAAACUCGUACUCUGAAACGGGUUGCUACAAGGCCAUAGUAACCGCCAUAAAGGAGAACGAGGCGAUAGUGAUCAGCGUGGCUGCUACUCUGCCUCUAAUCGAGUUUCUGGUCAUUGUUCUGGCGCUGUACCUAGUCUGCUUCCAUUGGCGCCCACAACAUGUGUUAACUUGUUGGUGCUGCUGUUGACGAGGCAUUAAGAGCAUGGAACUGUUGAGUAGUGCCUCCUAGCACGUUGAGCCCUUUGUGCUCCUGUGCCUUGCUUGCUUGAAACUCUAGCCGCUAGCCCAGCCUAGGCUAGCUGAGAAGUCGGCCAACAGACACAAAAUCCUGACGCUUGUAUGACGAAACGUUUCGGGAAAUACGCUGGCAGUGACGUAGAAGAUAUUUUUUAGGCGAUAUAAAUAUAUAUAUAUAUAUAUAUAUAUAUAUAUGUACACACACUUUGACACACACACACACACACACACACACACACACACACACAUAUAUAUAUGCACAUCGUGCUUUUCUUAAAGAGAGGCUGGCUCUGUGUGCAUACGUCGCAGCGAAAAUACAAAAAGAGGGAACAAGUACAAAAUUAUUUUAAUACAACUUUCGCUGCAAAAGGUCUGUCGUCGAAAAAAAAGAGGAAAAGAAUAAUCCUGAGAGAACACGUAUCCCCCCUAAGUUAUAUAUUUUGAAAUAUUGUAAUCUGUGAAGUACGUGCUGUUACUUGCACUUGUAUAUAAUUGUAAGAAAAAAAGUAACUAUUGAAUUAUAGCUAAUACAAAAUAUCUCUACGUCACUGUAGACUGACAACGUUUCGUAGUUUCUGCUAAGUGUUUAUAUUGUGGAGGUACAAGCGUUUAAAAUAAUAGCCAGUUGAGACUUGAGGUGCCGUAUCCGUAUGUACCGCGAAGGCGACAAAAUCCGAUAAUGAACUAUUGUGCAACACUAUUUCCUUUUGUUCUCCGCGGCGUUUGUCGUCUACAGAUCAUCAUGUCGAUAAUGGAUAGUAGCUCUGUACAUAUGCAACUCUCUCGAUAACAUUAGAUAUUUUCAUAAAUAUUUUAGAUGCUUGUAUCAUAUAAACUCGUAAUACUCACGCGUUACGUCCAUUUCGGAAUGGACAGUGGAAUAUAUGACGAUAUAAUCGUAACAAGAAGCUGACGUAUUCUUUUUCUCGCAUUAUUAUUUUCUGUAUAUUUUUUUCAUUCUUUCUUUUUCUUUUUAACAUUUUUUAUUGCGUUCAACGAAAUUGUGUAAAAGCUUUUCACAUACACUUACUACGUACAUAACAAUAGCUUUACACUCAAAAUAGCAGUUGGACAGAUACAUGUGUUAUUGUCAAAUACUAACGAGUUCAUGAAGUUAAAACGUAAAUAUUUUUAACAAAAAGUUUAUAUUAUUAAUGCGGAAAAUAAGGGGAUUACAUAAGUAAAAUUUUAUAACUGAUUUACGUAAAGAAAGUCUCAUAUAUUUAUAUAAUAUAUUUUGACUUCAUAUGAUGUAUGUUUCUAGCUUUGUAUUUUCCUAAUGUACCUGGUUAACAAAUGAUCAGAUGUAGCAGACACACAAAUAUCUGGACAACAGCGAGGCUGCGUCUUUACUCUGAUGGCGCGUAUAUUGGAAAAAGAAUUUUAUAUAUUUAUCUUGUGUAUAUAUCACGAAAAAAGUCAAGGUAUCACACAUUUAUAUUGAACAUGAACUCUCUUUUCUUUGUCAAUUGCCGUGUAUGAAACUGUGCUGCACAUCAUCAUUCUCAAUGAAGGAAUAACAAUCAAACCUCCUUUUACCUCUGAGAUAUACGUGCAUUGAACUUAAAAAUUAUAUCAUAUAAAAAAAUAUUUUAUUAUACAUAUACGUAUAUAUGCACAUAUAUAUAUGCAUAUAUAUAUAUAUGCAUAUAUAUACAUACCAUACAAUACACAAUUGAUGUGGACACUAUAAUACGUUACUCAUAUAAAUGUAAUAUACAUGAAAUACCGCACAGACUAAUUGGAGGGUUGAGGUAUUCUCUCAUUAACUCGUUAGUUGAUAGUUUAAAAACUAUGAUAUGUAGUAAAAUGCUUGUUUUUAUAAUGUGCAGUUUAAUUUAGAAGUGAAAAACACAAAUAUUUUGCAUGUUACGCACUAUAAAUAUUUAUAUUUAUUUCUAAACAUUUUUAUAGUUGUCCAUCUUGAAAUAAUGUAAAGGUUUUUUCUAUUGCAAUCUAACUCCUAUACAGAAAAUAACAAUAACGCAGAUGGAAUUUUUUCGUAAAUUAUUUUCUGCAUAUAACAUUUAUACUAUAGAAUUGGGACGAAUAAGAAGACCAUUUAAAACAGCAGUAUGUGUCUAUUUAUUGUUUUAAAAGAUACUAGUUUACACUUAUAUUCAGCUACCACGAGAUCGCUUAACAUUGAAUUAAAUAGGGAUAAAUUGCAAUAUAGAUCACCUGAUUCUUGCAAUGCAGUUUAAUAUAGUGUGUUCCAUAAUAUUGAAUGUAUAAAUUUCAGAAAAGCUGUGUGUUUAUCAUCAACAAAAGAUUUAAAAACAUGAAGCUAAGGCAUCAGUUUAGAAUUUUCUGUAGAAUUUAUGAAAAUCGAGCCAAGAUUAAUGUGACAAGUUUAAGUGUUUAUUCUGGAAUUAUGAUAAAAUAUUGUAUAAAGCGCGUAUUAUAGCUGUAUGCUAUGAUGUUAUAAUAAAUUUAGCAUUAUUCUCUGUAAAUUUAAAAUAACAUUCAUAUUACGUAUAUUUUUGGCACUAAAGAUGCAAUAAACUAUUACAAAAAAUUAUUUUUCCAAAUUAUACUUGAGAUGUUAUAUUAAAAUUGUGAUCAAAUCAUGAAGCAUAACGUAUGAUGAAGGAUGCAGGAUACUGCUUAAUUUAACUUCAACAAAGCUUAAGAUGUUUGGUAAUGUUUAUCUUUAUUUCAAUGCAGUUAAAAGUUCUUGCAAAGAAUAAGUGUGUAUCAAGAUAUAUUCAAAUUUUUUAUACAGAGACUGAUACCUGACCUAAAAGAAUGUAUAUAUUUGAAAUGCGAUUAGUGAUAUACAAUUGUAUUCCAAUAUAUUAUUACAUAUAUAAUAUACAUUAAUUAUGUUAAAUAUAUAUUACUUACACACAACGUAUACACACACACACAGAUGCGCGCAUAUAUAUAUACACAAAGAUACAAGGAAACUAUGAAUACUGUACAAUUGCAUAUAUUAAUGAUAUAGUACGAUUAAUUGAGUAUUACAUGUUUUUAUGUAAAAAUAAAGUUGUACACAUACACAUUCACACAGAACCAAAAUAAAGAUUUUAUGUUAUUCAUAAAAUGCCAUAUAAAAUAUACAAUAUA